GACUUCUUCCCUAGGCGCCGAGGGGGCAAGACCUGCAUCGAAUGAGCUCCUCAAGCUAAGUAUAAUUUUUAUAUUUCCAGGCUAGCUGGAAGUAUAUUCUGUUAGGUAUUAGUAUCUAAAGGUAUACCGAUUAGUUUCCAGGUGUUUUUGUUUUUCUAAAGUUAAUUUUCUUUGAUUUCUGAGCAUUUUUGUGUGAGCUAGGCCUAGCGGGAAAAAAUCAAGAUGGUUGCCACUUGAUUUUGCGUCCAAACUCAGAGUUUGAGCGCUCGCCCGUACGUAUAAAUCUAACGCCCGUGUUCCUCGCGUUUGCGCGAACACGAGCGUGUGUUUGUUUCUUUUGUAGAGCCAAAACUUUUAUUUUUACUGCUACUUUGAGUUUCGAAGUGGUGCGGUGCUAGGCCAGGGGGCAAACAAAGGAAGCCUGAACUACGCAGGCUAACUUCUUUUUAUUUCUUUUCGGGGGGUUUUCCGCUUAGCUGGACGGGUAAGCUAGGUCCCUUGUGUAACUAAAAGCCUAGCACCACCCUUUCCAGGUGGUGCAGUCUGUGUAUUUCAGUUUUUUGCUGAUUUAUAGGCUUUUUGUUCAAGCGCACUUUUCCCGCCUUUUUUCUUCCGACCGAAAACGCUAUGUAGUAUUUUUUUUUCUUUCUUAACACUAAUGGCGGUGCAGGGCUAAGGUCGGCACUCGUUGCUGUAGCGCGGUCGCGAGAAUACGUUUGUUUGGCCUUUUUUUUCCCAUUUUAGGCCAUUUUCUAUUAUUUUUAGGGGUGUCCCUUUGUGAUUUUGUCCGCGCCAUUUUUGGCACAAAAGACUCUCUUCUUUCGUCGCGAAGAGUAGCUGGGGAUUUUGGUACUGCGAUUCGGCUGGGCUUCGGGUUUGGUUUUUAUUUUUGCGUUUGGGCGUUUCUUUUGCAAGCCUGUCCGUCAUCUGAGACGCUCAGAUGCCGGGCAGCACUACUGGCGAUGCCUCCCCCCCGGGGGAGGAGGUAACUGAGAAGGGCAACGGGGAUUCGCCUCCGACCCAAGAGACGCUCGCCGCGCAGGCAAAAAACAUGAAAUUUAAACUUAACCCGAACUCCGCAACUCUGGUAGACAUGUACCAUGACAUAAGUGAGGCAAUCCCAGCGGUGGGCACUAAAACCAGUAAGACUCACGUGGCCAACCUGCACGCUGCAUACGACCGUCUGUUUGGUUUUGCCCUAGACCUAAUCAACCAGAACACAACACUUGCGGCAAAGAUGGAAGCGUACAAGGAAGAGAGGGAGAGGGCCCCAGCCCCCGCAGCCCCGUCCCCCACGCCGGAGAGUGUUGCCGCCCUGCAGCGCACCUUCUCGCAGGUUCUCCAGCAGAACCCGGCGACUUCGAGCCCGAGCCCCGCCGGCCAGCAGCAGGGGGGGGGCAUCACCCGAGGCCCCCAAGCCAACAACACCACCCUCAGCCCCCAGGGAGAGCCUUUUGAUCUACCCUGCAACCAAGCCAGCAGCUGGGGUGGAGCCCUACGCAGGGAUCUCCCACCUGCUGCGUACUACCUUCCAGCCCGCGGACCUCGGACUCGGCUGCGUCGAGAUCAAGCAAGUGCGAGCACCCUCGCGAUCCCCACCCGAAGACAGACAGCAACCCCGAUUCGACCAUAAAAUUGUUUAUUCCUCAAGAAGCCUGUAAUCAAGAACCAACUACCGCCGACCAUCAUCCAGCAAGCCGUCCAGAUCCAUAAUUCGACCAUAGAACUGUUAAAACAUCAAGCAUCAUGUAAAAAGAACUUUCAACAACCAUCGUCAACUAGCCCGAAACGCCACUCAAGAGAAGUCAUCAGAGAAGAACUGGGGGGGAGGGAGAUACAUUUUAGUAAUUGUUUAGUCCAGGAAGUAGCAUGUAAAAGGGGGAGGGAUUUUAGAAAAGGCUUUCAUUAGUGUGUACAUUGAUAUGUAUAUAUUUUUCUUUAUAUCUUUCACAUAUUUCACUUAAAUUUUACGUAUUUUUAUGUUUUUACCCUAUAUAUGUAUGUUUGCAAUUUUUUCCCUUUUUUUUAUACUUUUGCCUUAUAUAUGGGUGUGUAUGGUUUUGUGUGUAUGUAUGUAUGUGUGUAUGUACAUGUCUAUGUAUAUAUACAUAUAUAUAUACUUUUUUUUUAUGCAUUUUAGUCUAAGAACACUAUUUCAUUUUUACUAAUUUUCUGUAAAGUGAUAGCAUGCUCACUAUUUUACUCUUCAUCAUAUUUAACCAAUAUAUAUAGGCUUUUUCAUUCUGUACAGCGGGUGCAUGCGCGCUUCUCUUCUAA